CUCCCACCUCUCCCUCUUAGAUGUCUGUGUGACGGCAGGAGCAGGUCAUGCUCAAUACGAAAGAUGCGCUCUUGAAAGGCCUCCAGCAGGAUCAUCUGAAGGGCAAGGCCCUGCUGGAGCAGUUUCAACAGCUUCGAGAGGCGAACAAGGACGACUACGUUGCAUUUGAGGCCGUGUUUGUGGAGCUGCGGCAGCUGCUGCAUCAGGAGGCGGCCCUGCUGAGCUCUCUUGCUUCAAAAGCACAGCAGUCCCUCGACAGCUGCCUGCAGCAAGGACCAGGACCUACUGAAAGGGCCAUCUUCAGAGGCCUGACGAGGCAGCAAGUGGACGAGUACGUCAGCCAUCGUGAGUGCUGCGACCUGGUUGAGAAAGACCUGCAACUGAAGGGCCGCCUCGUCAACGAAUUGUCUUACAGCUCCACUGCUGACGAAAUCGCCCGCUCGGCCGUCAUCUGGGACAGCAGCGUCUAUCGCAAGACUCUGAGCAGCCUGUCCCACAGGACUGCCUGACUGUCAGUCAUGGCGCCUCGCAAGGUGACGCUUCUGCGGCACGCUCAGAGCACUUGGAAUGCGGCCAUCGCUGCGCACCUGAGGGCGCAUCCGGAGGACCGCGGGAGACCUUCCGAGGAUCUUCCUGACCCGAUGCUCUUUGAUGCAGACCUGACAGAGGAAGGGUGGGAGCAGGUGUGUGGAGGGCAGGCAGGCAGGCAGGAAGGUAAAGGAAAAAAGAUAGCCACGCCUGCUCAUCUCUCCCUCUGUGGUUGUGCUGUGUGGCUGGGUGUGUGUACAUGCGUGCCGUGCAGGCAUUUAGUGCGGCCGGGCCAUUGUUCGUGUAUGGAGCUUCCAAGCCGGACCUCAUCGUGUCGUCCCCCUUCACCAGGACACUCAUCACAUUGCAAUGCGCCCUGAAGGCAAUGGAGGGCGAGUGGGAUUUGCCACCCCCCGUGGUCGUCCAGCCGGACCUCCGCGAGCGCCUCACGGCCAGCUGCGACAUCGGCCGGCCGCUGCACGAGCUGAAGAAGGCACUCCACCUCGCCAACCCUCAGAUCCUCUUGGCUCUUGAGGCUUCAGCGUGCCACUUCAGCAAUCCCGAAUGCUGGUGGGCCGACAUGGCUCAGGAGGGCUCGAGCGGUCCGCCGCUGACAGAGGAGUUGGUGAGGCGGCAGGGGGGUGUGCGUGUGGAGCAGCGGGAGACGAUGCAGGCCACUGUCGAGCGGAUGUGGCGGUUUUUGGAGUGGCUGGGGGGGCGGGAGGAGGAAUGGGUGGUGCUAAUUUGUCAUGGAGAUAUCAUCCAUAUCAUGACGGACGAGCACUUCGGCAACUGCCAGCAUGAUACGUACGAGUAUGCUGAGCUGUGCAGGACGGUCAAGUACAAGAGAGGGCAGUUUGCAGAGGCAGACGAGGCCGUGAGGGGCUCGUAGGGGGGAGGCAGCGACACAUGCAUUAACUAAGUGCAUGAUGGAUGGA